AGAGAGAGAGAGAGAGGUAACUGGUUUAAGCAACAGCAAUUAAAGACUAUCCUUGAGAAAAAUGAAACUAAGAGCUAGCUGACUGAAAGUAGCAGGAAAAAAAAAUUUUGACCGCAGACAGAGUUUCGAAACCCCGUUUAUGAUCACCAAAGGUGUUUGAUUGACUCCCCAAAUGAAAUCCGUCGUCUCUUCCGGCUCUACUAACUACAGCCAAUCUCCCGUCAUUCUUCUUUGCAAGAGCAACUCUGUUUGCAGCCUCUUCAAGGGCAUCCAUAGACCGUUAUAAAUUUCAACACAUUUAAAAUCGCUGGCACUUCCUCCAACAUGACACCACUUCAAAAUAUAAUGAGAUGGCAGAGUUAAGAACAUUUGUCACCCCCAUAAAAACUGUCAAAUAAAAAUUAUAUUUAAUCAAGUAAUGACUGAGUUUCUGUGCCCAAAAAGAGGAAAUGAUGUCAUUCUGAGUUAACACAGAAACACUCAGAAACAGAAAGAAGGCUUGGAAGGUGACACGAAUGCUACUGACAGUGAUGAUGUGUUCGAAUGCGGCCAAGUUUUUAUUUUUAUUAAGAAUUAUUAAUUUGAGGAAAUUGGGUUUGAAGAAGAAGUUGAAGAAGAAGACUAAAACUUGAGACGAAAUAGUGGAUAUGAAGGAGGAGAGGAUGGCGAUAUUCAAAGGCAGAGAAAAAUUCGGGUCCAAUGUUUUGCACACGGUUCUGGCUUUGGGUUUAUGGCUGGGGACUAUCCAUUUCAACGUGAUUUUGGUCCUCUUCGCCAUCUUCUUCCUUCCUCUUUCCAAGGCCCUCCUUGUAUUUGGGUUGCUGCUAUUGUUUAUGAUCAUCCCAGUUGAUGAUAAAAGCAAAAUUGGCCGAUCAGUGUCCGGGUACAUAUUUAAGCAUGCUUGUGCUUAUUUUCCAGUGAAUGUGUAUGCAGAGGAUAUACAUGCCUUUGAUCCUAAUCGAUCUUAUGUUUUUGGUUAUGAACCGCAUUCAGUUUUGCCACUUGGUGUUGUUGCAUUUGCUGAGCUCACUGGGUUCUUGCCUCUCACCAAAGUUAAGGUCCUUGCAAGUAGCGCUGUGUUCUACACACCAUUCCUAAGACAUAUAUGGACAUGGAUGGGUCUUACACCAGCCACAAAGAGUAAUUUUAUCUCCCACUUAUCCGCUGGUUAUAGUUGCAUCAUUGUGCCUGGUGGAGUGCAGGAGACAUUUUAUAUGGAGCAUGGCACUGAGAUAGCAUUUCUUAAGUCGAGAAGAGGAUUUGUUCGCAUAGCCAUGGAGAUGGGGCAUCCCCUGGUUCCAGUUUUCUGCUUUGGUCAGUCAGAUGUUUUUAAGUGGUGGAAGCCAAGUGGGGAGUUCUUUUUGAAGUUUUCCAGAGCUAUCAAGUUCAUACCACUUUUCUUCUGGGGAAUAUUUGGAUCUCCUGUACCCUACAGACAGCCAAUGCACGUGGUGGUAGGAAGACCAAUCGAUCUCAAGAAAACCCCACAACCAACCAUGGAAGAGGUCAAUGAAGUACACGGUCAGUUUGUUGCAGCACUACAGGAUCUUUUCGAACGGCACAAGGUGCGGGUUGGUCAUGCUGAUCUUCAGUUGAAAAUUCUAUGAUCAGAUCUUAAUCUUAUGUUCCUCCAUGCUCCCUCCUCAUUGUCACUUUUCCAAUUUGUUUUCUGCGCAACUUAGUGAUAACAUGUUGUAUUAAGUUAGAUUAAUUGUAGAAAUGACGGUUGAAGAAUCAUGAUGUGUAGCUAGUGGUCAAGUUAGGCGUGAUAUCUUGGUUUCUCUCGACCCUACUUCUCCCUUUCUUUGCAACCCCUUAUGGUUCCAGGGGUUAAUAAACCGGGCGCCUCUCUCUCGCCUCUCAUGUUAUUGAGAGUGUUUCCCCAGUUUUAUGCUGGGUUUUGUUUCUCCCAGUCUUUUUGGACUGGCUUUUAACGUUACUUUUUGUUGUGGAGGAUUUAUUAUAUGCGAUAACCUACAUUUGGGGUGUGUUCUUAUUGUUUAUA